AUGGCUUUCUCCAUCCGAGCCGCCUUGUGCUCUUCAGCCACCACAACUUCAUCCCGCCUGUCUUACAGAAAUUUUACUGGUUAUUAUAAUCCCAAAUUGGCUUGCUGGAAGAAACCAUCAAUCAAAUUUCCCCCUCGUAUGUUGGGCCGAAGUAAUAAUUUUUCCGUGACGAUGAGCACAAGCAGCAGCCGAGUCGACGACGAACCCCAACCGACCCGUUCGCAGCCACCACCAACCUCGCCCUGGCUGCCCAAACCCUCGCCUUGGCUCAUGCUACCACCAAUCACCAAUAAAGAUGAAGACAAUGAAGGUACAGGUACUCUGUUGGAGGCUUGGGAUCUGCAGGACCCGCUCUCUCCAAGGAUGAUCCCAAUGGCCGUUUCAGUAGAUAAAGACAAUUAUCCGGUGGCCUCCAACUCAGACUCCAAGGAGUCGGAACGUAAACGACUCUGCAAGAGCUAUCGGUUCCUUGUAGUGGCCGAGCAAUCGGACGAGCUUUUCCAUGUGAGGCGGUUCGUGGAGCAUACAAACUACAACGACGACGACCAUACAGCUCCAUACACGACGGUCGGUUUCGACGUUCACAAAUACAUACCAGAGACGGAAUCACUCGUGUACAUGGAGCAUUGCCUGCAGGGGCUGGCAUUGUUCGUGGGCAGCAGCAACGGGUUUGCCCUUCCGGCUGAAGACUACCCGGACGAUCUCGAACGCUGCUGCGUCUACUACACGGCCCCACCACAGUGGGUCGGAGGAGGUUACGACGUUGGCUUCUUCCACUGUGCGAGCAAGUCUCUCCAUCCAUGCUUCUAUCCAUGUGAUGUCCAGAUUAUGGAGAAGGUGACCAACGCGCCCAUAUGGUUUAGCCCGACUCCGCUGGUUCGAUUCCCCUUUCUUGUUAGGAAGGAAGGGGGCUCCCUUGGAUACAACGUUGACCCGUCUUCUUCUUUGGGGCAGCCGCCCACCAGAGAUGAGAGGGAGAAUGCGAGACAGAGAAAGGAAGCAUCACGGGGUACCUAUAGAUGCGUUUACUGCGGCUUCAAGUGUGACAGCAAAACCCAUAACGGGUAUCAUAGUUUCAGUUACCACGCGUCCCUUUGUUCUCCUACCGCCGCCGCCGCCGCCACCAAAUCUUUAUCGUUUAUCAACCGGCGGACUCCAUCACGCCAUCAUCUGACUCUUUUGCGUCGUACAUAUUGUGCUGCGACGAUGACUGUUACUUGUAGCGGCAGUAGCAACCCAAAGGCGGCGGCGCCACUGCUCAUGCUACCACCAGCCCUGGACAAUAACAACAAAAAGAAUCUCGUUUUUCAGUUUUACAAUAGCCAUGAGGAUAAUGAGGAAGAUGAUGAUGAUGAUGAUGAGGAGGAGGAGGAAGAUGGUGAUGGUUGUGAGGAAGAUGAUGAGGAUGAUGGUGAUGGUGAUGGUGAAGAGGAGGAGGAUGAAGAAAAUGAUGAAGAUGAUGAUGAGCUUUAUCCUCAUCUGGAGGCAUGGGAUCUUCAGGACCCAAUUUCCCCAACCAUGAUUCCCAUGCCCGUUUGUGUGGACAAAAAGUGUUACCCCGUAGCCCACAGCUGCAAGGAGGAAUACGAGUACAAAAGAUAUUCGUGCUGUGAUUACCAAUUCCUAGUAGUUGCAGAGGCGUCGGGACAGCUUUUUCAUGUGAGGCGGUUUGUGAAGGAUUGGAUGGGUCCUAAGGAUUACUACGCGGUAGAUUCCUACUAUGGCCCCAAGGUGGGUAUGCUUAAGGAUCCUCCUCCCUAUGUCUCCAUGGGUUUUGAUGUUCACAAGUACGACCCGGAGACGGGUUCCCUGGUUUACAUGGACGGCUCACUCGACGGCCUAGCAUUCUUCGUUGGUACCAACAAUGGGUUUGCACUCCCGGCUGCCGAGUGCCCUGGACUGAAGCCAGAUUCUGUUUAUUACACGGAGCCGCCACAGUGGAUACAUAUCAACCUCAUGUGCGGUGGCCAUGAUGUUGGUAUCUUUGAUUACAAACGCAAGGACUUUUUCCCCUCACCCUGUUUUUACCCUACCGACGUGCAGAGCGCCAAAACAACUUGUGGACCAAAGUGGUUCACUCCAUUCGUGCCUUGUUGGGAAGAGUACAGUUUAAUUCAUGAAUCACCACAGUUGAGAAAAGUGGAGCCAAAUGACAUGCCAUUGUCCUAUUACUUAGGUCUCCUCGGCAUGCCGGGCUUCACAGCUUAUGUAUGUGUCCCUAAGAAAAACGAGUUUGUGUUUGUGUCGGCUGCAUCUGGGGCAGUGGGGCAGCUUGUUGGCCAGCUAGCUAAGUUACACGGGUGCUAUGUGGUUGGAAGUGCAGGGACCAGUCAGAAAGUGGAUCUCCUCAAGGAUAAGCUUGGAUUUGAUGAUGCUUUCAACUACAGAGAGGAACCUGAUCUUGAUGCAGCUCUCAAAAGAUGUUUUCCACAAGGAAUCGACAUAUACUUUGAAAAUGUGGGUGGGCCCAUGCUCGAGGCCGUGCUACUCAACAUGAGGCUUCACGGCCGCAUAGCCGUAUGUGGAAUGGUCUCCCAACACAGGACAUACGAUCCACAAGGGAUCAAAAACUUGUUCAGCCUUGAUGUUACGGGUCUUUACAAGCAAGGGAAGAUAACGUACUUAGAGGACAUGAAUGAAGGGUUGGAGAGCGGGCAUUCUGCGUUUGUUGGCUUGUUUUCGGGUAAAAAUGUGGGCAAUCAG